CUGGAACGUCGAGGUCCUCUUCCCUUCGACAACGACGAAGCAAGACGAUCACAACGACUCCCACUACGGCCCUCGACGACGACAACAGAUUCAUCUGCCCCCUUGGACUCUUCACUGACGACGAUACUUGUACUCGUACCCGUGCGGUGUCAUUUCUGGACCUUCAUCUCCCUCUCCGGCAUUCUCACAUAGCAUUCCUCGCCUUGUUGAGGGCAGCCAGAGCCAGAAGAGACCACCGGUGCCAGUCCACGGCACUCGCACCAGCCGCAGCCCAACUUUCCUGGGCGCUGGUUCAACCACAACACGAAAAAAAGCCACCCCUUUUGGCUACAACAACACCAUCCGCGACACUCCUCCACUCCACUCCUCGACAUCGACAUCGACACCGACAUUCCAGGUCCCCGGCGAGUCUUGCAUUGUAGCGUGCACCGCCUGUCCCAUUGUUCUGACACUCCCGACGACGCGGCAAGAAAAAAAAGAAGCGCCCGAGCUGCCCUACACGACACUACCUACGGCACGCUGCCAAAGCGGAAACGCAAAACCGCGCUUGUCUGAUCCAACGCAAAAUCCACCAAAAUCCACGAAGCCUUCACGAGCCCCCCCAAACCACCACCUGCACCCCCACGAAGCAUUUCCAUCCCCGCGCCCAAGCACCGCGAAUUCCCAUACGAUCGUUGCCAACGGCACCAACGACGACGAUACCCACCAUCCGGUCUUUCUGACCUAAACGGUGAUCCCUGCCUUCCGCCGCUCGUUUUUCUUCCGGCUCAACCACAACAGAGGCCGCCCCAUACCAGCAAACUUCAGUGCGACGCGGCUUUCUGCAGACAGCCCCUCUAGAGGCCGAUUACACUUCGCUGUAAGUUGAUUCAGAGCGCAUCGAGCGUGUGUGGCAUGAUGAGUAGAGGCGUGGAGAGGGAGGGGCCUUUUCACGCCCAUCAUCAGCCUCCCUCCACCUCAUUCAAUCAUGCCAGACAUACAUACAAUAUGACUAACUCCCAACGCGUUCACAGGCCCAGAAGUGAAUCACAGUCCUCCCGCCAGCGGAAUCGAAUCACGGAGCUGUCGGAAAGAGCCCUCCUCAUAAAUUGCGAACCACAUCCUCUCAGCCCCGUCACCUUCUCCCCACACGAGGCCAGAAGUCAUGGCGGACCAAAACGACGUAGAUCUCGAUUCCAUCAUCGAUAGACUAUUGGAAGUUCGCGGAAGCCGUCCAGGCAAACAGGUUCAGCUUUUGGAAGCAGAGAUCCGUUAUCUAUGCACCAAGGCUCGAGAAAUCUUCAUCUCGCAGCCCAUUUUAUUAGAGCUUGAGGCGCCCAUCAAAGUAAGCAAUCAUGCCUCCCUCGCAUUCCUGACCAUGUUCAACAGCCGCCGCCCGCACAAUCAUAUGCUGACCUGGUCGCGUGCCUACAGAUUUGUGGUGAUAUUCAUGGUCAAUACUAUGAUCUCCUCCGUCUUUUCGAGUACGGUGGAUUCCCUCCAGAGGCCAACUACCUGUUCCUUGGUGAUUACGUUGAUCGUGGAAAGCAAUCUCUCGAGACCAUCUGCCUACUCCUAGCCUACAAGAUCAAAUAUCCCGAAAAUUUCUUCAUCCUGCGUGGUAACCACGAGUGUGCCUCAAUCAACCGUAUCUACGGGUUCUACGAUGAAUGUAAAAGAAGGUAUAAUAUCAAGCUUUGGAAGACGUUCACAGAUUGCUUCAACUGCUUGCCAAUUGCAGCAAUCAUUGAUGAGAAGAUCUUCACCAUGCACGGAGGGUUAAGUCCUGACCUGAACUCCAUGGAGCAGAUUCGCCGUGUCAUGAGACCCACUGAUGUAAGUCCAUUUUCGUAUCAACUAGACAUUGACGUGAGGGGAUAGGGCGUGAGCUCUUGCUAAUCCAUGUAGAUUCCUGACUGCGGUUUGUUGUGCGAUCUCCUCUGGUCUGAUCCCGAUAAAGAUAUCACCGGAUGGAGCGAAAAUGAUCGAGGUGUGUCUUUCACAUUCGGGCCUGACGUAGUAUCUCGAUUCUUGCAAAAGCACGACAUGGAUUUGAUCUGCCGAGCACAUCAAGUUGUCGAAGAUGGCUACGAGUUCUUUUCCAAACGACAAUUGGUCACCCUCUUCAGCGCACCCAAUUACUGUGGAGAGUUUGAUAAUGCAGGAGCAAUGAUGAGUGUCGAUGAGAGUUUGUUAUGUUCAUUCCAGGUUCGUUGUUCCGUAGUAUAUAUACUCCCAAGACGCUUCUCGAUGCUAACCUGCAUUCCACAGAUUCUGAAACCAGCGGAGAAGAAACAAAAGUACGUUUACGGUGGUCGUGGUGCCAGCAGGCCCGUCACUCCUCCGAGGAAAAAGAAGUAAGAUGAAAUGAACGAUUACGAACUUUCUUGUGUAUAGCAGGUUCGGACGCAGAUAAAUAAUUUCGCGAUUUCCUCUCGAGUUCCCCGAAAUAGGUAUCGCCAACGCGCUCGAACCCUCCCGUUGCCAACUUUACGAAUUCCUCCAAACUCGAUCUCGAUCGCCUUUUCAUCAACAUACCUAAUUUGCGCGUUUACGUUUCGUGGAGCCUGCUGCGAACGAAGUAUCCCGAGUGUACACCAAACUUUUCUUUUCACCACGAGUACGACCAACGAACAAUUACGAACCAUCCCAAAUCGCGAGACGAAACCAACGACUUUUUUCCUACAAUUAGCUAGCAACAACCACCAUUGAGCAAAUCAAAGACCAACAGAUCGCGCGGGCGAGAAAGACAAAAAGAAAUUUGUGGGUAUGGGGGCGUAAACUUGGUGGUUGUUCUUUUCUCUCUCUCGCUGUUUUUCUUCUCGAUUUGGGGGGUGUGAGUGUGUGUGGUGAGAAGCGGGGUUACUUUGGUUUAUAAGAAUCAUGGGUGUGGUUUGGUGAUUUGGCUUGGUUUCUGGACCUUUGGACUUUGGUGGGAAGGGAUGGUUCGAUUGAUCUUCUUUUUUGCGUGUAUAUGAGAUUACGAUGUUCACCCGAGAUGGCUGCUCCUACGGAACUACUGGUUGCUUUGUCUGUGUAGCUCAAUCCCAAAUAAAACCUUUAUCGAUUCCGUAA